CUUCAAGCGUCUCCCAUUCUUGAUUCGAGGUUGCGCGUACGGUGAAGUGGAAUUUCGCGGCUUUGAUUUUUGUGCGAGUGAUUAUGUGUCGGGAUUGAAGAGCACUUAUCAGCUCUUUUUAUCGAUCAUGAGAGGAUGUGUUCAUCGUCGAAGUUACCCCUGACGAUUCCAUCAAUUACGCCCGUUUUCUCCCUCUUGGCCAUCGUUUGCUUCGUUGGUCUUAAUGCUGAAUUGAUCAACACUCCGAAAAGUACAACUGACGGCACUUCAGCGUCGCCGUUGAACAUCUCCAUCUCACCCCAAGCCAGUAUUUCUUACUGUGCGGACAAUCAUUGUGCUUUUGGAUAUCAGCCCCACUCCGCAUUGGUUCGGUGCUCAUUUCUACCGAUCGAGUUUCUAGACUGCGAGGAACCGGAAGAUUUGAAAGGGAAUUAUUCGAGGAAGGAGGAACUCGGUUACGGUUGUGUGAAGUUUGGAGGGCAGAGGUACGAGCAAGUUGAAAGGACAUCUGUUGAAUGCACAGUGCUUCCCGGUAUCGAAUGCUUCGGAGAUCGGAAGUUUCGACGUGAAGGCUUUCCCUGCAUCAACUACCGUGGUCACUACUUCACCACCACUCUGCUGUACAGUGUAUUGCUGGGUUUUUUGGGAAUGGAUCGGUUUUGCCUCGGGAAAACAGGAACUGCCGUCGGGAAACUGCUCACUUUGGGAGGAGUAGGCAUUUGGUGGAUCGUCGAUAUUGUGCUGCUGAUCGUUGGUAUCUUACGUCCGGAGGACAAUAGCAACUGGGUUCCCUACGCUUGAGUUUUAUCGCGGAGACAGAAGAGCCAACGAUGGAUUUGAAACCUCUCAUCACGUAUACCGGAAGCCUUCAUUUGUUCGGUGGAUUGGAGACCCAUUUGGUGAACGGGAUACCCUUGGAAUCGAUCGAAUGGAGGCGAUCAUACGGUCGACCCCCGAAAACA